AUGGAGUUUAAGUAUCAACAACAGCGAAAACAAGAAAAAUUUAAACAAACGAGUAACCUAAUAACCACUCGAUUAUCAGACUCUUUUACUAAACAAGACAUGUCAAAGUCCCCUUCAAACAACCAAUCUUCUUCUGAUAAUUCUUCUCUGAAGUGUUAUUGCGGACAAAAUGCAAAAUUGAUGGUCGCCUCGAACCAAAAUCAGGAGAACAAACGGCUAUUUUUUGCGUGUUCAAAAUUUAAUACAAGCGAGGAUAAAAAUCGGUGUUCGUUUUUUUGCUGGGAAAAUGACAUUUACGACAGUAAACAAUUGAUAAGCCAACGAAAGAUUCGAAAAUAUGAAGAAAUGACAACGGAAGAAAAACAAAAAAAGAAAGAACUUAUGAAUGAAAAUUGGAGAAAGUCUAUUGAUUUCGAUAAUGGAUCGAUAUUACUUGAUAAUUACAGCUUGAAUACAGAUAAAAAUAAAGAAAUUUACACACCUUCAUCAAAUAUAUUAUCGAUUAACCCGACUGAUUCUUCAAAAAACACAAAUAUCUCUAACUUGAGACACCAAGACAAUCCUUUGCUCAUUCGUGAUAGAAAAAUCACGACAAUAUCUCAUAAUUAUAAGCGUCAUUACCAUCACAAAAAUUUGGUACCUACUUUAAAAAAAGAAAUAGCUCUACUGAGAAAAGAUAAUCUUAUUUUAAAAUCUCAAAAUGAAUAUUUAACUCGACUUUUAGAUGAUGUUAACGGUAUUCUUUGUGAGCUCGACGAUAACACUGAUAGCACUACUAACGACAGAAUUUACGAAACUGAUAAUAAUAAUAAUGAGUGUUUAGAAAAAUCUGAAUUAUAUUAA